CGCGUCACUCCCCCUAGGCAGAUUCGGGCUGGAAUUUUAUUCGUGAAUGCUGCGAUUUGGACUUCUGCGCCGACAGUGUGGACCGCUCACAGGUCUUUCUCGUCGAGCUCAGCCUUUGUUCCGUCCAGAUCGAACGACUCCCAGCCCGAUUCUCGCUCGAUCGGCCUACGCGACCAGUGCACCCACUAUGGCCACCAGCGAGAGCUUUGGCAACUUUGACCUCGUCAAGCGCGUCAAGCUCGACUAUACCGCGGUCGAGGUCUCGAAAUGGAGGAGUAGGGACUCGGGGCUUAGCAUCGUGCACAUUGACUACGAGGCACCUAUUGUCAAGGGCUACUUUGUGGUAGCGACAGAGAUUUUUGACGACUCUGGAUGUCCGCACACCUUGGAACACUUGGUUUUCAUGGGCUCCGAGAAGUACCCUUACAAGGGCAUCAUCGACCACUUUGCCAACCGCGGAUUCUCCAAUGGCACAAACGCCUGGACGGACGACGAUCACACCGCCUACACCGCGUCCACUGCUGGCGCACAGGGCUUCCUUCAAUUACUCCCUAUCUACGUCGACCACAUUCUGUACCCCACUCUCACCAAAUCAGGGUUUGUUACGGAAGUGCACCACAUUGAUCCACAGGGCAAGGAUAGCGGUGUCGUUUACAGCGAAAUGCAAGGCCGCGAAAACACUUCUGGCGACUUGAUGGCUCUACGACUGAAUCAACUCUCCGAACCAGAGGGUAGCGCGUAUCGCAGCGAAACGGGUGGUCUUAUGGCAGCUCUGCGCAAACUGACGGUCGAGAAGAUCCGGGAUUACCACCACAAGUACUACGUCCCGCAUAACUUGUCGCUCAUUGUGGCGGGCAAGCUCACCGGCGGUACUGAGUCUCUGCUUCGCGUCGCUCAGGAGCAGAUCGAACCUAGUAUCGUCGCACAUGGUCAGAACAAGGGUAUCAAGCCCACCGGUUGGAAGCGUCCCUUCUUGGAGACGCCCAGUGCACCUCGGCCUCCUUUCGAGAAGACGAUUAAGGACACUAUUGAAUUCCCGGAGAAAGAUGAAAGCGUUGGUGAACUCGUUAUCAACUUUCUAGGGCCUCCUCCCAAUGAGUUUGUGGAAAGGAAGGCGCUGGACAUCUUGGGAACCUACCUCACGUCGUCGACCGUGGCCCCUUUGAAUAAGGAGUACAUCGAGAUCGAGUCCCCCAUGUGCACGUACAUUUACAUGGGCCAGGACACCCGCGCUACCAAGAUCUUCUUGCCCGUCUACAUCGGCUCUGUCCCCACCGAACUUCUCGAUACCUUUGACGAGAAGCUCAAAGCGAGCUUCCAGAACAUCGUCAAGACCGGUAUCGACAUGGACAGGAUGCGCAUGGUCAUCGAUCGCGACGAACGGCAGUUCCGGAGCAAGCUGGAGAGCUCCAAGGGCGAUGCGUUCUCGGACUCCCUCAUCACGGACUUCCUCUACGGCGCUGAGGACGGCUCGGACAUCAAGCGGACGCUCGAGGAAGACACUUGGUACGCGCAGCUCAGGGCCUGGGACAGCAAGCAAUGGACGGAUCUGUUGUCGAAGUACUACAUCGAUCAGCACUCGAUCGUCCUCCGUGGCAAGCCUUCUGCGUCCCUCGUUGACAAGCUCGAGAAGGACGAAAAGGAGCGCAUUGCGAAGCAGGUCGAAGCUCUCGGACCUGAAGGCCUGAAGAAGGCCGAGCAGGAAUUGAACGAGGCGAAGGCCGAGCAUGACAAGCCCAUCCCAACGGAGGUCCUCAACACCUUCCCGGUGCCCGACGUCAAGAGCAUUGCAUGGAUUCCGGUACAAAGUGUUGUUCAAAAAGGCAAGGGCCGACAAAGCCCUGCUCCUGCACAGAACGCCGCAGCGUUGUCGACACAUAUCAAUGCGGAUGGCUCGGAAUUGCCGUUCUUCGUCGAAUACGACCACGUCGAGUCCGACUUCGUCACGAUCCAUGCGUUCUUCGACCUCAAGAAGCUUCCUGACCACCUUCGCCCAUAUGCCACCUUGUAUGCUUCCGCCUUCUUCUCCCUGCCCAUCAAGCGCGCUUCUGGAGAAACCCUCACCCACGAAGAGGUCGUUAACCGCCUCGAUGACGAGACAGUUUCCUACGAGGUCUCUCAAGGCGUUUCCAGCGGCUUUGCCGAGUCCUUCCGCCUCUCCAUCAAAGCCGAGACAGCGCAGUACGAGACUGCAAUUGCAUGGAUGCAUGACCUUCUCUACGGUCCAAUCUACGACCGCGAGCGGCUACAGGUCACUAUCGCAAAGGUACAAAGCGCGCUCCCCGAACUCAAGCGCGACGGAAGCACAGUGUUGAGCGCAGUUUGGAGCGACGCGAUGUACAGCGAGCGGUCGACUGCGCGCGCAGGUACCGUCUUGCAGCAGACCGAGUUCAUUCCCAAGGUCGCGGAGCAGUUGCAGCAGCAGCCGGACGAAGUCGCGAAGAUCAUGGCGGAAGUGCGCGACACCGUGGCUCAACCGAGCGGUGUCAGGUUCUCGGUCACUGGCAACAUCCUUGCCCUGAGCAAGCCGAGGAGUACGUUCGAGAAGCACUUCGGGACGAAGCUCCCCUCGGUUGAGUUGGAACCUGUCACUUUCACCAGCGACGUCCUCAGCGACCUCGGCAGGAAUCCCGCCAAGAAGGCCAUCGUCAUGAGCUUGCCGACCAUUGAGAGCUCCUUUGUGACUCAUACGUCCAGGGGCAUUCAGGGCUUCGGUGACGCAGAGUACCCGGCCAUGCGCGUGGCACUUGAGGUCAUGAACGCGACAGAGAGCUACUUGUGGCGCUACAUUCGUGGUUCCGGCCUCGCCUACGGCGCGUACAUGUCCAUCGACCUGGAAGCCGGCCUUACAAGCUUCUCCUUGUAUCGGAGCUCGAACAGCGUUGGGGCUUUUGAACAGGCAAAGAAGGUCGUCGAAGGCCUUUGCGACGGCACGAUACCGCUUGACACUACGACCAUGGACGCCGCGAAGAGCAGCAUCGUUUACGGCGUGACAAAGACCGUUUCUACCGCAUCCCGCGCUGCUUUGACGUCCUUCGUUAACCAGUCCUUGAAGGGUGUUUCGCAGAAUUACCAGUCUGAGAUCCUCGCGAAGACCCAGACAGUUACCAUCGACGACGUCCUCCAAUCCAUCCGCAAAUACUUCCUACCCCUCUUCGACGCCAAGCAGUCGAUGGUUGUUGCCGUUACCGCACCGGGCAAGGCCGAUGAAGUUGCUGCGGGCCUCGCGAAGGAGGGCUUCGAGGUCGAGCGCCGCUCCAUGCACAUCGACGAGAGCGAGAUGGAGGGCUCAGAAUCAGAAUCGGGCAGCGACGAUAGCGACGAGAGCCAGUAGAGCUGGACUGGCUGAUUACCCCUACUUACAUUCGACGAGCAUGUACACUACGAGAACCACAUAAUGCGGAUGAACGCGACUAGGGCUAUGCACCUGUCUGCGUGUCCUCGACCACCUUGAUCUUCCGAUUUUCCUCCUCACCGGGA